AUGUGGGAGAGGAAAAACGUUGACCGCGCUUCAAGGAUAUUUUGCAUAACAGGAUGCCGAUCCCUGCGAGAUCAAUCUAUUGCUAGUUUUCCCAUGUCGGGAUGGCCAUACGACACGGCCAUUGAGAGGUUACGUUUCGGGAGGAAGGGACGAAUGAGGCUGAAGCUGGUGAAGCGUAAUCGACAAGGGGUUGAUCUGAGUACGCCACCCGAGCCCACCUCCUUAGAAUACCCUCCAAUAAUUCCCAUGAGCCUCACACAGAGCGGGGUGUGCCAAAUCAUCUUCAAUGACUGGAUCACCGUUAACCCAAUUCAGUUAUUUGGCAACCGCCCCAUGACCACUACCCACCCCGACACUGAAGAUUCUAUGAAAUUUUGUGAAACGGGCAAUCGAAGUAGUACGAGGUCAUUUGCCUCGGUCAGGAAGUUAAUACGAUGCAGGCUAGGUGUCGUUGUGCAAGACCACUGCGGUGCAGAACAUGAUGCAGGAUUUGUGAGCCCUAGUGGCUUGGUCCCAGCGCUUCUAACGAGGCUUGGUACUGUACGAUUGGGCGAUUUGGAUGCCUAUACGAUUGAGAUUUUGUGUACGUUUGCAUAG